AUGGGUAUCUCCGGUAUGUCGACUCCUUUUCUCUUACUUUUUGACCGCCAUUGACAUUUUCUAGGCCUUCUGGUCAGGCUCGGGUCCAUUCAACGGAAGAAUCACAUUAAAGAAUGGAGUGGGAAGACUGUUGGUAUAGACGCCUAUGGUUGGCUCCACAAGGGGGUCAUAGGAUGCGCUAUCGAACUGGCUCAGGGGAAACAUACCCGAGCGUACAACACUCCAAACCCUGAGUUACAACUACUCCUUGGCUAACGAUGGCCAUCCCAGAUACGUUGAAUAUGCAAUGAGUCGGGUGCAUAUGCUUCGGUACUUUGGCGUCACACCGUGCAUGGUAUUCGACGGAGACAAUCUACCCAGCAAAUCUGCGACGGAGGCAGAAAGAGAAAAGCGACGGGAGGAAUGCAGAGCCAAGGGAUUGGAGCUCCUUAAGCUCCGGAAGAUGAGGGAAGCUCAAGAGCAGCUGCAGAAAUCUAUCGAUGUCACACCUCUCAUGGCUCGCUAUCUCAUUGAUGAAUGCAAGCGAAUUGGUGUGGAGUGCAUUGUAGCCCCAUACGAAGCUGAUGCGCAGCUUUAUUACCUAGAAAAGACGGGGAAAAUACAAGGCAUUGUCUCGGAGGACUCAGAUCUGCUGGCCUUUGGGUGUAAAAACCUGAUCACUAAGAUGGAUAAAUUCGGGGAUUGCUUGACAAUAGAUCGGGACGACUUCACCGCUGUUCGAGGCUCCGGCCUCUCGCUUUCGGGCUGGACGGACACCGAGUUCCGAUAUAUGUGUAUCCUGAGUGGAUGCGAUUACCUGCCCAACAUACCUCGUCUUGGACUCCUGGGUGCACACAAGCUAGUUAACAGACAUAAAACACCAGAGAGGGUAAGGUUUUGUUGUAAUUAUAGCCUCAAGUGCCUUUCUAAUCAGGGUUCCUAGAUAAUCCAAUCUGUUCGAUUUGAUGCGACCAAAUCGGUUCCAGCAGACUACUUGGCUGGUUUUCGACGGGCAAAUUUGACUUUCCUCCACCAGUGGGUAUUUUGCCCCAAAGCCGAAAAGAUGGUGAUGAUUACGGAACCGGAUGCGGGGGUAGACAAGCAACAUCUCGAUGGCUGUGGAAAGUAAGCGGCUUCUACUUGUCACUGGUCGCGCACCAUCUCUAACUAGAACAGGGAACUGGAUGCAGAAAUAGCACGUGGAAUUGCAUGUGGAGAUUUAGACCCGACAACAAAAAAGCCCUUUGUAUUAGAGUCAAUCGUGGAGAAUGCCGCCGGCACAGUGGGUCCACUCCCGAGUUAUCUUCUUUUUUUGCCACCCCUAACCAGGUUUAACAGACAAUUGAGGCAUGGGCGAAACCCAGGAUGAAGGCUCUUGAGGACUCCCAAAGCUUUGCAACGAUCACAAGCUUCUUCAGUAAAUGACCCCCCAGAUUUUGAAGGCGCGGAGACUAAUCAUUAUCAGAAACACGGACGGAACCACCAAAAACACCUUUACAAGAGAAAUCUGCCAACAUAAAAACUGGCAAUCCUAUUCGCUCAGAACCCCAGAUAAAGUUGAAGCCAUUAACCCCAGCCAUAAACAAACGCCUAUUCUCGCAGUUUGAGGUAAAGACAGAUGAGCCAGCCAAGAGGCCACGACUUUUUCCCAACAAUGUACUCGAGGAUUUUAAUGUGACUGGAGAACGAAGUUCCUUCUUCUCGAGGGUCAGUCGUCAAUCGUUUUCCCCAGCGCCACGGAUAGGCGAUAUGCCGGGCCCUCGAGUCAAAGCGCGCCCUACCGCCCGGAAGACCGAACAGCGAGAAACACCAUGCUCUUCGGGCCCACCAAGCUCUUCAAAUCAAAAAACUAGUUCAUUCCCUACCCCUGAGUCAUUUAACGCCGAUGAACCCAUAGUCUCGCAGACCGAAGACGAAGCUAUCUCCAAAGUAGCCCUAGGCCUCAAGAACAAAUAUGGCUUCGCCUCUGGCUCUCCAGCCCCAGCCUCAAAAAUAUCUCGGAUUCUCACAGAAAGGAAAGACAAGGCCAAGAGCCGACAUCCUGCAACGAGUCGCCUCUCCUCAGCGCCGGAACCCACUUCUAACCGGAUACCCCAUACAGAGCCCCCGGGUGAUAGUAGCGGCGAGAGCCAAGGCGAUAGUUGGCCAGACUUUGUCGGCGCGAGGAGGACCAGUGCCUCUAGGCAGGUUGCACAAAGCGGGUUCAAAAGAUAUGCCUUUCAGCGUAAAUAA